GUUCUUGGUUCGCGCGCUAUGUUACCUGUUGGAACGCGUGAACCAGCACGGCCUUGUGCGCGAGCGCACCGCAGGUUCGACUCGAAGUCAGUUCCACCCCAGACUACGGCACGAACGCCCGUGUUGCGUUCACUUACACUGUGAAUCCAACAACACGAUCCUGUCCAAUUAGUGUUCCCGCGAGAAACGAGUUAAGUGGCCGGUUCGGCAAGUGAAGUACUCAGCCAAAGAGAGAAAUGGACUGAUGUGCGCGUUCGGUACGAUGUUUAUGUGCAAUUUAAGUGCGAGCUAAUGCAAAAUGAAACUAUGUAAUAAGUGAAGUUUGUGAAAUAAAAACAAUGUGUUCAGCGUGUAUCACACGCGUGCUGCUGGUGCUCAGCGCUGUUUUGACAGCGUGGAGCGCAUCUCUGUCGGCGACUACAGGGGCUCGCUACCAAGCUCCUGAUGAAUGUCGUUGGACGACGGACGACGACGGUUCAGGAGUUGCACUUUUGUGCAGACUGAGGACUAUAAAUAGUGAAUUAGAAAACACAAACUUUAGUGCAAUUCAACCGCAUCUUACUGUUAGGUUGCACCUCGAGUGCAGUGAUGCAUUGCUAUUCCAAAGCUCACUAUCACCCGGCAGUUUUCGACAACUGGUUGAACUGCGAGAACUUACUAUAGAGUAUUGCAAAAUCGGAAAUCUUUCCGAUGGAGCUUUUACCGGUCUUCGCGAACUGAGAAACUUGACGAUAAAAACUCACAAUACGGAAUGGUCUACUAUGUCACUUGAAAUAACAUCAACAGCAUUCACGAGAGAUGUACAAAAUCUCGAGAGAUUGGAUCUGAGUGAAAAUAAUAUGUUAACGUUUCCCGAAGGUGCACUAUGCACUCUGAGAAAUCUCGAAUAUCUCAACAUGACGGGAAAUAGAAUGAGAGAUAUAAGUCAUUUCCAAUUCUCAACAGCUCAUCGCCACCCAACGGAAAAGUGUGGAGACAACCUAACAAUUUUAGAUCUUUCACGUAAUAUUAUAGAUACACUUCCACCUAGUCUUUUAUCUGGACUGAGAAGACUGAAAAAAAUAUAUUUCCAAAGUAAUAGAAUGAAUUCAAUCGCAGAUAAGGCACUGGAAGGGUUAGUUUCAUUGACUACGAUAAAAUUUUCUGACAAUCAGUUAACAAGCCUACCACCAGAACUUUUUAGUGACACUAAAGAAUUAAGAGAAAUAUAUUUGAACAACAAUACCAUUACUGUAUUAGCACCGGGAUUAUUCAGUGAUCUUUAUCAAUUAUUGGUUUUGGAUUUAUCAUACAAUGAACUUACAUCAGACUGGAUAAAUACCUCAACAUUUUCUGGAUUGAAACGCCUGAUAUAUUUAGAUUUUUCCCAUAACCGAGUGUCGAAAAUGGAAAUUGCGUUAUUCCGAGAUCUACAUAACUUACAGAUACUAAAAAUGCAGGAGAAUUUUAUAGAGCAUAUUCCAGAAAAUGUAUUCAGUUCACUAGGCAAUUUGCACACAUUAAUUUUAUCGAACAAUAGACUGACAAACAUUGAGAGCUACGCAUUUACCGGCCUGCAAGCAUUGUCCGUGCUGUCUAUAGACAGCAACCGCAUAUCUAAAAUACACCCACAUGCAUUACGCAAUUGCUCUUCGUUACAAGACCUGCAUAUUAAUGGAAACAGGUUGGAUGAAGUCCCUACUGCUUUAAAAGAAAUACCACAGUUGAAAACCCUAGACUUGGGGGAAAAUUUAAUUGUAAGCAUAGAAAAUGCUUCUUUCAUGACAAUGAAACAAAUGUAUGGAUUAAGACUCACAGAAAAUAACAUCGGUAACAUAACCAAAGGAGUUUUUGACAGAAUGACUUCCCUAAAAAUACUGAAUUUGUCAAGAAACAAAAUUCAAAGAAUUGAAAGCGGCGCUUUCGAUGCAAACGUUAAUUUGCAAGCAAUCAGACUGGAUGGAAAUUCCUUGAAAGACAUAAGAGGUCUCUUUGUCAAUCUUCAUAAUCUUGUAUGGUUAAAUAUUUCUGAUAAUCAGUUGGAAUCUUUUGACUACGCCAUGAUACCAACAGGAUUGCAGUGGUUAGACAUUCACGCCAACAGAAUAGCUGAACUGGGAAAUUACUUUGAAAUUGAAUCGCGGUUAUCACUCAGUACUUUUGAUGCUAGUUCUAACCGACUUACAGAAAUUACAGGCAGCGCUAUACCAAACUCUGUAGAAAUGUUAUAUUUGAAUGACAACUUAAUUUCAAAGGUGCAAUCAUACACAUUUUUCAAAAAACCUAACUUGACUCGAGUGGAUUUAUAUGGGAACAAAAUAACAAACUUAGAUCCAAAUUCAUUGAGAAUUUCAGCUGUACCGCAAGAUAAAUCUGUGCCAGAAUUCUUUAUUGGCGGGAACCCAUUAGAGUGUGAUUGCACAAUGGAGUGGCUUCAAAAAAUAAACACUGGGAACAGAGCAAGAACUCAGCCAAAAUUAAUGGACUUGGACAGCAUAAAUUGUAAAUUACUUUAUAAUCGUGGCAGUACGCAUGUAGCUCUAUUAGACGCCGCUCCUCAUCAAUUUUUAUGUAAAUAUGAAUUUCAUUGCUUUGCUCUGUGUCACUGUUGUGAUUUUGAUGCAUGUGACUGUGAAAUGAGUUGCCCUAAUAAUUGCACAUGUUAUCAUGAUCAGUCGUGGUCAGCAAAUGUAGUAGAGUGUUCGAACGCCGGCUACGUGAACACGUUACCAGAGAGAAUACCGAUGGAGGCCACGCAACUGUACCUUGACGGUAACGACAUUAAAAUGCUUCCGAGUCACGCUUUUAUCGGUAGAAAGAGACUAAAGAUACUUUUUUUGAACUCAUCAAACAUCGAAACUAUUCAUAACCGGACAUUCAAUGGAUUGAGAGAACUCGAAGUGCUGCAUUUAGAUCACAACAGUCUUACUACGAUAGAAGGACAGGAAUUUGGUGGAUUGGAUAAUUUGCGAGAACUUUACAUAAACAACAACAAAAUAAAACAUAUUGGAAAGGAAAUGUUUAACCAUAUGUCCCGACUUAAACUACUACAUAUACAUAAUAAUAGACUGAUAACAUUAUCAGUAUGGCAAAUCAAUCCAGCGAUAACAGAAAUCACACUUUCUUAUAAUCCAUGGUCAUGUGAUUGUGAAUAUACGGAAAUGUUCCGAGAAUGGACGAAACGAGUUAAUUCUAUAGUAGACCAGUUAAACAUAAAAUGUAUAUUCACGAAAAAUAACAAUACCGAUUUGGUGGUCUACAAUGAAAGCAUGUACGACAACCCUCAUUCCGGUUUUAAUAUUAUAUAUGAAAAUGGUACUAUUUGCACGGGACUGCCAAGUAUAAACAACAGUAUUAAUGGCAAUUUGACGGCUACAAAAACCAUAAUCACUAACGAAGAGGUACCAGAUUACAUUCCGCUGCUUGUAGCAACUCUGGGGGCAUUUUUACUCGUGUCAUUUGUGAGCAUGAUUGUCUUUAUAUUUAGACAAGAGAUGCGAGUGUGGUUUCAUUCAAAGUUUGGAGUUAGAUUGUUUUAUAGAACAAGUGACAUUGAUAGAGAUGACCGUGAAAAGAUGUUCGAUGCGUUUGUGAGCUAUAGUUCUAAAGAUGAAGCUUGGGUGACGGAGGAGUUGGCUGCAGUGCUAGAACGCGGAGACCCCUCAUAUAAACUCUGCCUGCAUUACAGAGAUUUACCCGUAGGCGGUUACGUCGCCGAUAACAUAGUGCAGGCUGUGGAAUCAUCGCGCCGUACUAUAAUGGUGCUCAGUGAGAACUUUAUAAGAAAUGAGUGGUGUCGGUUCGAGUUCAAAUCGGCUCAUCAUCGCGUUUUGAGAGAUCGCCGGAGAAGACUAGUGGUGGUUUUGUACGGUAAAGUGCCUCAGAAGGACCUAGAUCCUGACUUAAGACUGUAUUUGAAGACGAACACUUGUCUUCAGUGGGACGAUAAGUUGUUUUGGGAGAAGUUGCGAUUCGCGUUACCGGAUGUGUCGGGUAAUCAGAGGUGUAGAGGCGUUCCGAGUCCGGGGGGUGUCGCUAUGCACAGGCAUCACCACGCUCGCAACCACUUAGGUGCCUUGCCACCUCCCCCUGUGCACGGAGCACACCCUGUGCUACCUCCUCAUCCUUCACACGUCCCUCACCAAGUGCCACCGCGUGCCUCACCUCGUACUAUGUCCGUCCAUGUAUGAAAAGUGUCAGAACUACAAAAGUGAAGUGAAGUGAUAAGUACUCCAUAAAAAGUGUGAAAACGACUGUUAAAAAUGUGAUGGCUAGUCUGCGUACGUAUGUAUUGUAAAUAUGUUAAUGAAUAAGUGAACAUAAUGUAAAUACGCUUAAUUUUAAUAUAGCUGAAACUGCAUACACUAAAGUUAGCUGUUACAUUCGUUAAUUUGCUACAAAUACGCCAUUUUGAAAAUAGUUUGGUAAAUUUCAUUUUUGUGUAAGAUUUGAAGCAAUUUUGAUUUGUAUACUAAGUAUGUAGAUAUAUUUUAUUAGGCCUUUUCAGGCUGUGUUUCCAUGGGCAAAACUUGCCGUUUACUAUUAAUGUGACUUAAAAUGGCAUCAUUGCCACUAUCUGUGAUAAAACAUAGUUGUAAUUUAGUAUUUGUAGGAUAACAUCCCAACAAUGUAUAUUUUGUACUUUAGUCAUAUAAAAAUAUUUAUUGUAAAUAUUUUCCAAAAUUGACUGUGUCAAAAAGUGAUAAAGUAAAAUAAAACAUGAGAUCAAACAUAA